UGGACAUUCUACCAGUAGCAUGGAGAAGCAUCUACGAGAAUGGAGAACUACUGCGGUGAACAAGAAUCAGUACGAGACCGCCAUCUUCGUAGCAGAUAAACUGCUUGCCCUGACAAAGGAUGACAACGAUGCAUUCUGGCUCGCUCAAGCUCACUUCCGGACCGGCAAUUACAGUCGCGCCCAAACCUAUUUGUCACGCGGCCAGCUGAUUGAAAGGAAUCCUCAAUGUCGAUAUCUACACGCGCAAUGUUCCAUAAAACUGGGGAAGAUCGAAGAAGCGCUCGACACCCUCGGCGAGCAGAACCCCACCCACCUUAUAUCGCAGCCGGACAAUAGACACCACAAACUGCGGCAUGUGGAUGUCAAUGUACGCUCUGGUAGACAUAAAGCUGCCUUACGGAGCGACCGCGUUCCCACGAGUGAAGAGCGCGAGAGGGAGGACUCAACAAGUCUGAAAUUUGAAGCGGGCAUGUGCUAUCUACGGGGAAUGUGUUUCGCGAAACAAAACGCCUUUGACAGGGCAAAAGAAUGUUUCAAGACGGCGGUGCAAAUCGAUGUCCAGUGUUUCGAGGCGUUUGACGAGCUCAUGUCUAAUGCGCUCAUGUCGCCAGCAGAAGAAUGGGCCUUCCUCGAGUCGCUCGACUUCGACAUGAUCAACGUUGAGGACAACCCGUCUCUGUCGCAAGAAGCUGCCGAGUUCACGAAGACAUUAUACAUAACACGUUUGUCCAAGUACGGGCGGCCAGCAGAGUUUACCGAUGCGGCUGAGACGCUAUCCACACACUACAAUCUUUCCGACAACCCAGACAUCUUGCUAUCCAAGGCCGAACUUCUCUUCACCAAUUGCCAGUUUCGGAAUGCGUUGGCGCUUACUUCCUAUGUGUUAAAGACGGACAAAUACAAUUUCGCGGGCAUACCGAUACACGUCGCUUGUCUCCACGAACUCGGCGAGAAGAAUGCUCUAUUUCUCCUGGCACACGACCUCGUAGACAACCACCCACAAGAGCCCGCCGCCUGGCUUGCGGUCGGCACGUACUACUUCUCCAUCCAUCGCAUUGCAGAGGCCCGACGCUUCUUCUCCAAAGCCUCGGUUAUGAACCCUCAUUUCGGGUCCGCUUGGAUUGGCUUUGCACAUACAUUCUCCGCAGAGGGAGAGCAUGAUCAAGCCAUCUCUGCAUACUCCACAGCCGCCCGCCUAUUCCAAGGGACGCACCUACCGCAAUUAUUCCUCGGAAUGGAAAACCUACAACUCAACAACCUCAGCCUGGCGCACGAAUAUCUGAAUACAGCCUACGAGCUCUGUAAGGAUGACCCUCUGCUUCUUAACGAAAUGGGCGUCGUCUUUUAUCAAGAAGAAAACUUCCCCGCCGCCAUUGAGCACUUCCAACGUGCCAUAGCCAUUGCAGAACAGAAUGAAGCCGACCACGACGCUUUACUGCCUACGCGGAAUAAUCUAGCGCACGCCCUGCGCCAAAGCGGUCACUUGGAGGAGGCUCUCGACGUUUUCGACGAAGUCCUCCGCCACGGCGACAAGGAUGUCGCUGUCUUCUCUGCGAAGGGCCUUGUAUUGCUGCAGCUGGGUCGGAGCUGGGACGCCAUUGUGACACUCCACGAGGCGCUUGCCAUCGAUCCGCAGGCUACAUUGGCUACAGAUCUGUUGAAUAAGGCGUUUGCGGAGAAUGAGAGUGAGCCCAUCGCCAACGAUGAGGAGGAGUUUGCAGACUUGGAUAGAAAAGUCAAGGGGAGGUUGGCUGGGCAGGGGAAGGCCUUGGAUAGCAUGAUGUUGGAUUCUGACAUCUAGACCAAGUGAAGAAAAUGCGGUUGGGUGCAUUGGCGUUACUGGAAUCCUGGAUAGGACGGGGUAUUGGAAGGUUGCUAUUCUUGCAUGAGCAAGUUUGGGUAGAAGAGUGGAAUGCUUGUUUUGUUCUGCCCUUCACUGAUCAGAGCUCUGUAAGGGAAAAUGAUAUCCAUUUUCCUAUGUACUUGUACCGCUGAGCGCCUUUUGAGGGGUGCUGGACUACUACACAUCUGCGUGGGUCUACUUUUACCUGUCUUGUCCGCUCUUCUGAGAUGACACGCCAUGCAUGAAGCAAGCCUAAAUUAGAUGCGCAUCUGCACAGCUGUAAAGAGACCACUCGAAGCUCC